UUUUAGGCAGGAUCUCUUCUUUCCAACAAUAUCGACGCUGUUUCAUUUCGACAGAGCGGGAUUCGCAACGUUUGUUAAAGCGCUGGAGCCUUUACCAAAAGAAGCUGUCCUCUUCUUGCCAUUCGGCACCUUUGCCUGGGUGGCUCUCUUUGCUUGCUUCAUUCUUUUCUUGCUGAUCAGUUUAUUUGCCCACAGAGUUCAUCAUAUUGUGCACGAUUUCUAUGCUGUCGCUGCCCCUCUCGCGGCGUCCCUGGUUCAGCAGGCGUACCCCUUACCUCCGGACGCUGAAAAUGUUCACUCGUUGAGGAUUCUUACCGGUGUAUGGUGUCUGAUGGUGACAGUACUGGCCACAGGAUACAAAGGAGUCAUCACCUCGCUGUUCUGUAACGUACCGCUGAGCGGAGAGCUUCCCCAGUACGCGUCCUUGAAGGGCGUUAAGGCUUUGGGCUCAGCUGCUUGCCUAGUAAACUUUCCAGAAGCAGAGCACGUGCGGGUUAAUCCUCGGUGGGCCAAGAAACCGAAUUUUGAUUGCUGGGAUGGAUCGGGAAAGCUGCGCGUGGGAAGUGGCACGGACGCCGUGUUCGUGUUCAGGCCUAGCUCUGACGAGGCGGCGAGCCUCAAAGACGAGCUCUUUCGCGUCGGCUUCGUUCGGACGAACACGCUUCUGUCACCCAUAAUCACGGGACCUCAGAUAAAAUCAAAUUCGGCAUACUACAGGUCCAUGAACAAACUCCUCGGCCGUGCUUUUGAGGCCGGUCUGCUUGAACGAGCGGAAGCAAUGGUGGAGUUCAAGAGUAAGGUUAGGCGGGAGUUCAAGUACGGACGUCCCUCGGACACCGGAAACGCAGCGCUGAAACUGAGUGACCUUGAGCCCUGCUUCGUCAUCUGGGCGGUCGGAAUUGUCCUCAGCGUGUUGGCUUUCGCGGUUAGUCACGUGAUCGCCCACUUCCGCCCACUGCGCGCUCGCAUGACUCGACGUACUGUUCGCCAGGCCUGGUGAUUCCGAUGCCUUCC